AUGAACAAGAUUGAAUGUACUCCAGCAGAGCUAAUGAAUAUGCUAAUAACGGCCCAGGGCAACAUGAAAACAGGCACUAUGAUGGCUGUGUCCUCUUCUAGUAAGACUAGAAAAGGAAAAGGGAAAAAGAAUGCCACCCAAGCAACUAAAGUGAUUGAAAAGAAGAAAGGAAAAAUUGUUGCCAAAGGAAAAUAUUUCCAUUGUGGCAAAGAUGGGCAUUGGAAGAGGAACUGUAAAGAUUACCUUAGUUCCUUGAAGAAUGAAGCGACAGGAGACAAUGAUCACUCAGAUGAUCCUACCAUUUACCAAGAGGCGAUAUCAGAUAUCGACUCGAAUAAAUGGCUAGAAGCUAUAAAAUCUGAAAUGGAUUCCAUGUAUGAGAACCAGGUUUGGACUCUUGUAGAUCCACCAGAAGCCUUCUUGAAUGGUUAUAUAAAUCAAGAUAUCUAUAUGGAGCAACCUGAAGGCUUCACACCCAAAGAUAAUGCAGGGAAGAAUGCUCCACAAAAUGCUCAAUACAUUGCUCCAAGUAUUCAAAAAGAGAUGUUGCACAUUAUGGCCAAUAGAGUAAGAAGGAUGAUUCGGGAAGAAGUUGGGGAUGAAUGCUUUUGUAUUCUUGUUGAUGAAGCGCAAGAUGCAUCUAAUCGAGAGCAAAUGGCAAUAAUCUUGAGGUUUGUGAAUUGUCAGGGUAUUUUGAUAGAACGCUUCUUUUAUAUCAAAAGCGUUAGUAAUACCACAUCAGCAAAGCUAAAAAAUGAGAUAUCUAAUAUUCUUGUUCAACACGAGCUUCAGGUGAAAAAAAUGAGAGGGCAAGGGUAUGAUAGUGCUAGUAACAUGCGUGGCGCUUGGAAUGGAGUUCAGGCAUUAUUUCUUAGAGAUUGUCCAUAUGCAUAUUAUGUUCAUUGCUUUGCCCAUCGAUUACAGUUGACAUUAGUUUCUGCAGCUAGAGAUGUUGAUGUUAUUUGGAAAUUCUUUUCUCAUUUGGACAAUAUUAUCAAUAUUAUCACUUCUUCUCCAAAGCGCGUUACUGAGUUGCAAGCUGCUCAAAGAAAAGAAGUUGAGCGUAUGUUGGCUAUUGGAGAACGUGAGUCAGUAAGUGGGGCCAAUCAAGUGGGUAAUUUGCAACAAUCUGGAUCUACUCGUUGGAGUUCUCAUUAUGACUCUACAAAGAGCUUGAUAGACAUGUACAACGCAACUUGCAAGGUGUUUGAGUAUCUUAGUGUCCAUUUUUCGAAGGGAAGAUCUCGGGCUGAAACUAUUAGUGCUUACAAACAAUUAAAAAGUUUUGAUUUUGUGUUCAGCUUGCAUUUAAUGCAUAAUAUUAUGAGAAUCACUGAUGUUCUUUGUCAAACACUUCAAAGGAAAUCUCAAGAUAUCUUGGCUGCUAUAAAAUUUGUUUCUACAACAAAAACACUUCUUCAAAAAUUGAGAGAUGAUGACUGGAAAGAAUUUUUUCAGAAAGUGAAAAGCUUUUGCUCUAAGUAUGAUGUUGACAUACUUGAUCUAGAUAGCUUCUAUAAGGUUGAUCCUUUUCAUUCUCGUGAUCAGAUUACAGUGGAGCAUCAUUAUCACUUUGAUGUUUUCAAUGAAACAAUAGAUUUUGUACUGAUGGAGUUAAAUACAAGAUUUAAUGAUAUAUCAGUAGAGCUUCUCUCUCUCAGUGCAACUUUAGAUCCCAAAAACUCAUUUGAAUCAUUUAAUAGUCGUGAUAUUUGUACACUUGUAGAAAAAUUCUAUCCUGAAGAUUUUUCAUGA